CCAUCACCUAACGGCCACAAGAGGAAGAGGAACUCACCAGAGGACAGGCAGAAUAGAAACUUGCCAUGGCUUUCUUCACCCACCUCACCCGGCGCUCAUUGGCCCAGUCAGCUGCCAUGGCCAACGCUAUCAAGAACGUGACGGUGAUUGGAAGUGGCCUCAUGGGAGCAGGUAUUGCCCAGGUGGCAGCACAGACGGGCCACUCGGUCACCAUGGUGGACAUUGACCCAGUGGCCGUGGGGAAGGCCGAGAAAAGGAUUGCUGACUCUAUCUCCCGCGUGGCCAAGAAGAAGUUCGGGGAGGGAGACGAGGCCACCAAGUUCGUCAGCGAGUCACUGAGUCGCCUGAGGACCUCCACUGAUGCCGUGGCCUCUGUCGAGUCAGCCGACCUGGUGGUGGAGGCCAUUGUGGAGAACCUGAAGACCAAGAAGGAACUGUUCUCUAAGCUUGACAAUGCUGCUCCUGCUCACACAAUAUUUGCAUCCAACACCUCCUCCAUACCCAUUGCAAAAAUUGCCGAAGCAACCAACCGUCUGGAUCGCUUUGGUGGCCUGCACUUCUUCAACCCUGUGCCUGUCAUGAAGCUACUGGAGGUGGUGCGCAUUCCUGAGACCUCCAGCGACACCUAUGAUGCCAUGACAGCUUGGGGGAAGGCCAUGGGCAAGGUGACAGUGGAGUGCAAGGACACGCCAGGCUUCAUUGUCAACCGCCUCCUGGUGCCCUUCAUGUUUGAGGCUGUCAGGAUGGUGGAGCGAGGGGAAGCAAGUCCAAAAGAUGUUGACACAGCCAUGAAGCUAGGAGCCGGUCACCCCAUGGGACCGUUUGAGCUGAUGGACUAUGUUGGCCUGGACACUGGCAAGUUCAUCAUUGACGGUUGGCACAAGGAUUACCCAGACGUGGAAAUCUUCUCUCCCUCUCCACUGCUGGAAAAGUUGGUGUCUGAGGGUAAGCAUGGUGUUAAGAGCGGGGAAGGCUUCUACAAGUACAAGAAAUAGUGACCUGCUCAAUUUUACCUAAAAUGGGAAUCAUCAUGUAAGUACUACAGGUUUCAAGUGGCUUCUUUUAUUUAGCACUCAGUAUUGCAUAAAUGUAUCAUUUGUUAGAGAAUUAUUAAAAAUGUCACUAAAGAGAAUCAUUUGCAUAUUGAUUUUUUGUACUGACUUAGGGUAGUGUCCUCUCUGCUAGAGUAUACCUUCUUGCCUUGUGUCACAGUGAAAGGUGCUGUGUUUGAUGCUGAAAUUAGUGUGAAUAAACACUGUGUUAGCAAAUAUAUAUGAACAGUAUGUAAAGGUCAAUCAGCUCCAUUGGAGUUGGAAACUAUCAAUGCAAUUAAACUAAGAGGGUAAGGUUCAUCUCCAGAUUGCUGACUUAACAAGAUUUAUAAUUAUGUAUUGCAUCUGAAUAAAGAUAUAUUUUGC